AUGGACGGAGACUUCCUGCUGGCGCUGCGGUUACAGGCGCAGUGGGAGGAAGAGGAGGCAGCGGCGGCAGCGGCCUGUAGCGAGUCCCCGACCGGCUCCGCAGCGCCGCCGCGGCCGCUCUCCGUGGUGGACGAGGCCUGGGAGCUGCUGGACCCGAGCCCCGACGUACGCGGCCUCUUCGUGCAGUUCAACGAGACGCUGUUCUGGGGGAAGCUGGCGGCCGUGGCGGUGACGUGGAGCCCGCGCAUGACGCUAUGUGCUGGAGUGUGCAGCUAUGAAGGAAGAGGUGGGAUGUGUUCCAUCCGCCUUAGUGAGCCACUCUUAAAGCUAAGACCAAGAAAGGAUCUUGUAGAGACACUCUUACAUGAAAUGAUUCAUGCCCUAUUAUUUGUCACUAACAAUGACAAAGACCGUGAAUCCCAUGGGCCAGAGUUUUGCAAACACAUGCGUCGUAUCAAUCGCCUGACUGGAGCCAAUGUUACAAUUUAUCACAACUUUCAUGAUGAGGUGGAUUCAUAUCGCCAACACUGGUGGCGAUGUAAUGGCCCAUGUCAGAGUAGAAAACCUUAUUAUGGAUAUGUGAAACGUGCAAUGAAUAGGGCACCCUCUGCGCGAGACUUCUGGUGGUCUGACCACCAACAGACCUGUGGAGGCACAUUCUCAAAAGUAAAGGAGCCAGAGAACUAUUCUAAAAAAGGCAAGGAGAAAACCCAGCUAGCCAAGCUUUCAAACUCUGAGCCAUCUGAUACCAAAGCUGCUGCAAAAGUUUGUCUGCCACACGAGUGUGUCAGAAUUUGGGGGAUCUUACCACAGAACUUAGCUCCAGCCUGCUGUGAAAUAACAGGAAGGAUACAUGGAGGUGAUAUACGAAGCCUAAUUCCUUUUAGUGGAAAAGGAUAUCAGCUUGGAGGAGCAGGCCUUUGGUCCUCCGAGAGACACAAAAGUUCCAACAACAGUAUUAAGGGCAGAGAAAUACCCAGUCCACAACGUUAUUCAGCAGCUGGAACUGCAAGAUCAGUUCCUAAAAAUGAACUAAAAUUUGAACCAAACAUAUUCAGUACCAGCAUUUCCCAUCCAGUUUUUACUGAUAGCUCCAAGCAUAAAAACAGCUUUGCUUUGAACCACAAGUUUCCUAAAAUAUCUGUCGCUAAUACAAAAGCUUACAGGAAUGUUGAUGGGUCGCCUGUUAAAAUUCCUCCUGUUAAUGGAGGAAAUUUGAACCAAAGUCCUACAAACGCUAAGUCGGUUUUUCCAUCUUUUAAUGAGACACCAAAACGAACUUCCUUUGGACAAGCUGAGACAACUCCAAGAUCCUGGGUUUCAUCCCAGGGAAAUAGCAGCUUUGAAAGUGAUGGUAUACCACAGAAACGGCCAAAAAUGGAAGACAAAUCUGCCUUUGUAAACUACUUUAUAAAGAGAGAGAGUACUGAUGGCACUUUUAGAACUAGUCCUCCUCUAAAAAGCAAUGCUGAACCAACAGUGUCCUCUGAAAGUUGUAGUUCUGCUGUUAGUCAGGAUAAAAAAGUUAGUUGUCCUGUUUGCCAGACCGAGGUUUUGGAAACCAAAAUAAAUGAACAUCUAGACUCUUGUCUGACAUAA